AUGGUUACUGAUGUGGCUGAAGAUGCCGAUGUCAGUGAUAACAUUCUUCCAGAAUGUUGGGACCAGAAUCAGUGGCUAGAAUUUAAAAAAAAGUACCCUUGGCUGUUUGUAGACAAUGGUCUUUUAGGGUGCAAAGUGUGUCGCGAGGUUAAACACCUUGGAGUGUCUGUUUCACAGGGUGUAUCCAUUUCUAAAGAAUGGAGCACUGGUACAAUUACACCAUAUGGCAAAACAAAAAAAGAUAUGUUGACCUCACUACGUAAAAAAAAUCCGCAUACAUAAGAUUUCAGAAGCACAUGUGAAGGCGGGAGAUAUCCAAGCAGUAUCCAGAAAGGAGAUUCUGCAAUCCAAUAUUGCUGAACAGCAGAAGCAUAAGUUUGCAUUAAUAAUAGAUUGCAUUGCUAGUGAAAUGAGAAAAAAAGCUUUGCAAAGCAAUUGUUGAGCAGGCUACAAAAAUUUCUGUUUAUAUUGAUGAGUCUACAACAGUUUCUACCCAUUCAGUGUUAAUAGUUUAUAUUCGUGCCUCUGUUAACGAAAAAGACCCAGUCACUUUCUUUCUUGAUUUGCUUGAUUUGCCUAAAGCAGUUGCACAGUCUAUUGAAGCCACUCUUCUAGCUUGUCUUUCUAAAUUUGGGUUCAGUAAUGACUUUCUUGCCGAGAACUGGAUUGGGGCUUGCAGUGAUGGUGCAAGUGUAAUGCUUGGAAGAAAGUCGGGUGUUCUGGAAUAUCCAAAGAUUGGGAAAUGGCACUGCUUGUGUCAUAGGCUUGAAUUGUGCAUUUCAGAUACAAUUGAUUCUAUUCCUGGUCUUCAUCAUGUAACAUCAUUUUUGGAGAAGUUGUAUGCUGUGUAUCAUCAGUCACCAAAAAAUCUGGCAGAGCUCUCAGAAUGUGCAAAAGAAUUAGAAGUACAAAUUCUUAAAAAUGGAAAAGUUUUUUCAGUUAGAUGGGUUGCUUCAAGCCAGAGAGCUAUACGAACAGUUUGGGAGUCAUAUCCUGCCUUACACAGUCAUUUCUUGAAAGCAAGCUUAAGUUCAGCUAAUAACAGUAAGCAGAAAUCUGUAUUUAGUGGCCUUAACAAGGUCUUGACAUCAGUAGAUUAUUUGUUAAACCUUGCAGGGGUUGCGGAUGCUGUUCAGGAAAUGGGACUGUUAUCUGAAGCUCUGCAAAGAGAUGACAUCACACUUCCACGAGCCUAUCAGCUGAUUAAUCGUUCCGUUCGUGCCGUUGAAAAAAUGAAAGACAUGCCUGGCAAACAUCUGAAAGAAAUAAUGGAAUCGCUGGAGAAAGGGAAUUUCAAAGGUGUGACCAUCAAUCCAGAGAGUACAAAAGGCCAAGUGAGGAUAAAUAUCCCUCAAUUUUAUCAAAGUUUGGUGGAUACUUUACGCUCCAGACUCUUUGCUUUAACUGCGAGCAACAGACCUGCAGCUUCAUGACAGUCAGGUGAAUUUGAAACUCUUGUCUCUGAAAUUGACAUCCUGAAUUCACAGCGCUGGCCAAUCAAUGUGGACAGUCCGUGGUUUGAAGGUGAAGCGAAGCUGGAGCAGCUGUGCAAAAGAUUCCGUCUCAGGUAUGCAUCCAUCUGUGAAGGUUUCAGAGACUACAUUGAUAAUGGUGGUGCAGAUAUUCCCAAAAAUCUAAAACCAGUGGUGACAGCAGUUAACAGUCUUCCAGUGACAUCCGGUGAUUGUGAAAGGGGCUUCAGUACAAUUAAUUUGGUGAUGUCACCCAUUAGGAGUGGGCUUGGCAUUGAACGCCUGUCUUCUCUUUUGUUUAUUAGUCUCAUUGGGCCUCCUGUGCAUUUAUGGGAUCCUUUACCAUACGUCACAAAAUGGCUGACCACACAUCGCAGCGCAGAUGAUACUAAAUCUCGGAAAGUUGAUAAUCUUGCACGGCAAGGGCAACGUUAUUCCAGUUUGUGGAAUAUUUUCUAA